CAUGAUGUCCGACUCCGACCAUACCAAGAAACAAAAAGGCGUUAAUAUGAUCGAUUAAUAAAGAAGAAGAAAAAGGAUGCGGCAUGAAACUAGGCAAUGACUUAUUCAACCACGCAAUGCUGAAGACUGGGGAAAGUAGUGAGUAGUGAUGACAACAAUGGUGCGGUCGGUAUCUCACUAGUAUUCGUUUCGUACUAAGUGCAUGUCAGGCAGAGUAAUAUCCUAGUAUGUACGAGUAAGUCGGGCAAUCCAAUUUUUUUAUGAGUUGUUUGGAUGGCUCAAUUACAAAGCGAGACAAUUUAACCAAUUGUCUCGUUUUAUAAAAUGAGUCAAUUCGAAUUACAUGCUCUCACCCCCAGACAAUUGUGAUUGCCUCAAAACGAGUCAUUUCGGAAUUCCCCCAUAUCAAAUUGCUUCAUUCAAAAUUUCUGCCGCCAAACGAGUCAAUCUGGCCCAAUUGUCUCAAAACGAGAUAAUUGUGUCAGAUUGAUUCAUCAGAAUUCCUCAUCCAAUCUGGCCCAAUUGUCUCAAAACGAAGACAAUUGUGAUUAUAAGAACAUAUAAUAGAGAACAUAUUUUUUAAAUGAAUGAGAAUAUCGUAGAAGGAAUAAUUGAACCUAAAUAGUCGAAAGAUAGAGUUUUAAAAUUUCCUUGGGAGGAAAAUAAAAUUUUAGAGAGAUUAAAAAAGAGAGAAAAUACAUAUAAAUAUUGAUGCAAAUCAUGAUUGACACAUAUCGAAUCCCACACACGUCGGGUCAGAAAAUUGCCAUCACGAAACUGCCAGUAGUAUUAGUAGGGGUGUCAAUUCGGGUUCGGUUUUUCGAGUUUACCCGAAACCGACCCGAUUAUAUACAUUUCCGGUUUUUUGGGUUUGGGUUCGUUUCGGGUUUUGGGUUUUUCGAUUUCGGGUUCGGUUUUGCUUAUCGAUUUUUCGGGUUCCAGCUAAAAACCUCCAAUGAAUAGUAGUCAGCCCGUAUUUUUAGGUGUUCGGGUUUCGGUUUUGCUUUAACCGAACCUGAACCCGAUAAGGAAUUUUCGGGUAACCGAAACCCGCAAGUCCUUAUCGGGUUAGGGUUCGGUUUUAGUGAUUUUCGGUUUUGAAUUUUUUCGGAUAACCAAACCCGACCCGAACUGACACCCCUAAGUAUUAGUGGUAGAAAUUAGGCCUCAAGCACGCAAGUUGCACGAAAUUAUUAAGUCGACUCUGAUUCAUCCUUCCGCCUGCCUUUCCGAGUUGGGGAAGUGGUGGCGAUCCCAUCCAAUCCCAUAUUGGUGGGCGGCAGUUUCAGUAAUUUCAACUGGUUUUUCGAGCUUAAUGAAAUGGCCACUUGGAUUGACUUACCCACUUUUGCUGUCCUUAUAGUUGACGCUGUGUGUAAACCCACCACAAAUUUCUGCACCAAAGUGCGUUUUAAACUGGUGGCCGGUAUGGACUUUUUAAAGCAUGUUUCAUGAAACCGUACUGUACAGGCGGUUCAACCACGAAAUAUCAAUAUUGAAGGCUAAAUUGAUAGACGGUAUUUAAUGUAAUAGCGGUUGAACUACGAUUAAACCACGAUUUUACAAUAAAAUAUUCUACCGCUGACUUUUCCAAUACAAUAUUCGAUACGAUUUCAUGUACCAUGCUUUUAAGUGCUACAUAUACUUACCCCGAUCUUAAAGUCGAAUACAGCUGCUGGGUUUUCUUAUUACUAUUUGGAGGAUAAUGCAAUUUCAGGUCACUUUCACUAUCGAUAGUAGGCAGGAAGGCUCUAGUAUUGAUUAGUCAUGCUUUUUUUUUUUGGAAAUAUGUUUAUUGGUAACGAAUAGCUAGGGCUGGAAAGUCCCGUCUAGAUCGGGUCAUAUAUAUGAUUUUACGGUUCAGACAGAGGACCUCAAGUACAUAUGUGAAACUGGACCAAAAAUACUAUACGGUCGAACAAACCAAUUUGUUUGGUAUCUAAGAUCAAAUCAAUAAUCGAGAAAAAAGUGUUUUUUCUUGAAAUUUGGAUUGGAAUACUAUUGAAUAACUUGAGUUAUAUCCACAAUCCUAGACUAAACCAGACCGAUAGACCAAAAAGAUCCCAUAAUAUAGAUUAUGAACCAAAUCAAACCAUUCUUACCAGUUUCGACUAAUCCAGACCUUGAUGCAGAUCUGCAUGUCAACAAUAGGAAGGAAAAAGAUUCAUGGUUCGUAAGUAAUUUAGAAAUCGAUCUUAAUUAACUGACAAGUUGGCAACCUAUGAAAACUUUAAAGGUGGGGGCAAGUCAACUCUACUGCCUCUCUAUAUAAAUCCACCACAACCGAUUCAAAACCUCGAUUCUCAUAUCAUUUCUCCCAUCUCAUAUCAACAUACUUUGCCACAACAACAAAAUCCACACACACAAAACAAAACAAAAAAACAAAAAACCAUAACGACGUCGCUCUGUCUUCCGAUCACCACCGAGCACAUGGCGACACCAUCCACUCCCGACGACCGCCGCCCCGCCGCCGGAUCGUCGUCGAAGCGACUAACCCUCGGCAUCCUCAUGUCCAUAUCUUCCCUCAUGGCCCUCUGCGCCAAACACGCCGGCAAAUUCUCCACCAAGCUCUCCAAAACCAACACCAAUAUUAAUAUUCCCGGCUGCCACCGUCAGCAGCGGCGGAGCCAGAAGUUGAAAUUCGAGCCCAACCGUCAACCGCCGCACGGCCUCUACUACUCCUCCGACAACGACGACGGCGGGGUACUCCGCUCGCCGAGAUCGCCGCUGGUGCGUCACUCCAAGCAGCUGCUGACGCAGAUCAGCAACAAGGCCGUCACGUUGGUCCACGGCGGCAGCAGGAACAAUAAUAAUAAGGAUCGGAGAGGCGGCGAUGUGGCUGCGCCGGACGAGUUCGGGGACGGCGGCGUGUGGCAGCGGUCGAUCCUGAUGGGGGACAAGUGCCAGCCGUUGGAUUUCUCCGGCGUGAUUUACUACGACAGCUGCGGGAAGAAAGUCAACGAGGUUCCCGUCCGUUCGCCGCGGGCCAGCCCGUUGCCGCGCUACCUGACCCGUGGGCACUAAGAAAAAAAAAAAAAAAACCCCGGUCAAAGGAGGUGAGUGAUUUACGUGAGGAUUGAAAAACCGUAUUGUAUCGAUGGUUGAGUAAGAAAAUUUCGGAAGCGAAAUUGAUAGGCAGUAUUUUAGCGGUGUGAAAUAGUUGAACCAUAAUUUCGUUAUGAAAUAUCAAUUCGCUGACCUUUUCGGUACAAUCUUCGUCAUAAUUUUUCCAAUCAUUGGAUAUAGGUAUACACACUGUACCGUUUGAUUAGCUUCCUAGGUUACACAUGUUUGUAAGUUUUGUUUCAUGGACAAGGUCAAGUUGUUGGGCAAAACUUUGCCAUUUCGUGUAUCGUGACGUGUUCUUUUUGGAGGCAUUGUACUCGAUAUUAUGUGAAGAAUUUUGUUGAACAACGUGCUUUAUUUUUUUCGUAUUUUGUUAUUCUGUUCCGGAAUUAUAUCGGACGGAAAAUAACGACGAAUCUCAACUUUUUUUCAAUUUUCACUUUUAUUCACUAAUCUCUACUAGAGAAAAAGUCAGAAAUUGAUUCUGCUGAAGUGAAAUAUUCAACGGUCAAUGCUAACUAGUGGUGUACAUAAAUAAGUACUAUAUCAUUUCGAAAAUCAAUUUAGUUUAAAUAUCCAAAACCCCGUAUUAAUUAUUUGUUAGUGGAGACAGGAGAGUGGACUGAUAAAAAAUUCGAGAGAACUAUUGCGAGCAUUUUCAGCCCUUAUCAUGAAUAAUUGUUAUAAACAUGUUGUAUUAAUAUAACUAAUAAAUUGCCUUUUUUUACGGUUUAUAUAAGUCAUUUAUGAAAUGUGGCAAGGAUUGUAAAACAGUUGCUGGGGUUGUAUCGAAAAAUUUAGCGAUAGGAUAUCUUAUGUUGAAAUCGUAGUUUAAUCUUGGUUUACAUUGAUAAAAAUCGUCAACCAAUUUAGACUCUGAUAUGAAGUUUUCCAACCGAACUACCAAUACGGUACAAUUCAAGUAACAUUGGAAAAAUAUGACAUUUGAGAAACAUGUAAUAUUCCUUGCCUUUUAUAAAUGUCACACCUUAUUCAAUUGUCACAUUUUUUUUCCCUGAAAUGCUCUAUAAUUGCGGCUAAUCCUUAAUCAUAAAAAAAUAUUAGCAUUGUACUAAGACCCUCCCAAAAAUACCGAAAAAACUUUGUUCAUCCUCCGCCGAAAAUGGAUGAAGAAACUUCAUGAUCCUAUUUAGUUUUUUUCUUUCUUUUUGCCAAUCGAUUACUCUUCAAAAGAGAAAACAUAACCGAUCCAAAAUUACAAAGAAUAUAUCGACUAUUGUACCAUGAAACAAAGUCAAACCCCCUUUGUAAGUAAGUGAGGUGGCAACAAUCAAACCCCUUUGGGAUUCGGGAUACAAAUUCCGGACCCUAAUCUUUUUGGGCUACUUAAUCGGAUUUUAUAUCCAAUACAUAAUCGUCGUUUUGGGCUUUGUCAGGUUGAUUUAGAAUCAGGAUACGAGAAAGUGAUUUCAGAAUUGGGCUAAUUUGGUAGGCUUGGUUUAGGAGUUACAACCAUUAAAAUUGUGCAAAUCCAAUGGCAUUGGAGUUCCAACGAAAUAAGAACUUUGAAUCCGAAUUUUGAUGGUGAUUUUUACUAGGGUUCUCUAUCCCGAAAUUCAACGCUUGCUUGUUCAUCAAUCAAUUAGUUGAACAGCUUUCAAGUAGCCAGUGGUGUUACUACUUGGCCACUUAAUCAAAGGAGGUUGUUUAAGUAAGAAACCAUGAUUGAAAUAUGAAAUCGAAUUGCAAGGUGAAUAACUUGGCUUAACUUAACUUUACAAUAUAUAUACUUAGUAUCGAGAUGAUUUGUUUGCAAUAUGAUUUUUACUAGGGGCAUGAAAACAAUCAUCUACAAGUAGGAAUGCUAAUAGGAAGAUGAGAAUGCCGUAAUGGUGGUAAUUUCUGUAAAAUUACAUAUAAUUUACACAGUAAUAGGUCGAGAAUAGGACGGGUCAGAGCGGAUCAGGUCGAGAAUCUAGUUUAUAGGACGGAGCUUAUCAGAGUCUAAAACAGAGCAAACAUGCCGAGUAGGAUGAGUCAAUUCAAAACAAAAUUGUCGUCCCUGUCUACAAACAACUCCUGUAUCCGACUCACAUGUUCCUCUGAUACAUGGGGGGAACUCAAAUUGUAUGCUCUCUGUAACCGACAGUGGUGGUCAGCUGGUUUGGACAGGUCUGAUGAAUCAUCAUGUUUGAACUCGAACUAAAUAAAAUCAUUAUUGUUUCAUAUAAUAUUCCACGUGGACCAAAUGUGUUACCCGUACCACACUUUUUUACAACAAAAUCAUAGUAUUUACCUUUUAGUACAUGGAAAAUAUUCAAGACUCGAGAACUAAUUCACUUGUUACCAAAAAAAAAAUGUCCCUAAGGUUCAACUCGGGAAAGCGUUACUCCUAUUUUCUGCCCCCGUUGGAAGGCACUCUCCUCCCACUAACAUCAUUAAAAGGGGAAAAGUAUGGCAUUAUCAUCCACGAUUGUCUUAAGAUUCAUUGUGCUUUUAAGUUUUGGAAAAUUCACGAAUGUUAGCAACAAAUGUAUUAAAUACCACACGCAGAAUAAUGUCACCACCUUUUAAUUUGAUUGGUUGUUUAAUGGAAAACCCCCUUUUCCCCUUUUGGCAAAUUAGCUUUAAGCAUUGAAAUCAAACCUGUAAAUUUUCAAUCAGGCCCGAAUCGGGUAGAGGUGCCAAAAAUAUUCGUGGAUAUCCGUUCGAAUCCGACUCAAUUAGACAAGAGCAAAAUUUAAACUCGAAGAAUUAUUAAUGAGUAUGGAUAAUACUCGAACCUGAUAUUGCGAGUGAUAGGUAUGAUUUUCUCACUAUCUAAUCUGAGCUAGCCCGAUUAAUCGAUUAUACACAUACAUAUGUUUCUUAACAUAUUUUAUGUUCAUUAUACAUAUAUCAUAUGUUUCUAGAAAUUAUCAUUAUAUUUCUUAACAUAUUUUAUAUUUAUUAUACAUAUAUCAUAUGUUUCAUGAAAAGGUGUUGUUUUUUUCAUAUGAAAUUUUCUUCAUUCUUGUGAUUUAUCAUCGUAAUUUUUCACUUAUGUAAUGACACUAUACUUAUGAAUGUUAAUAUGUUGGUUGUAAUUAUAAAGCAAAAUUAUUGUACAUUGAUAACCAUGAAAACUGAAAACCCGAAACCUAAUCAAAUAUGAACAUGAUU